UAGUUCUAGAGGGCGAUUUGUGUGUUUGUUCAAGGAAAGUUUAUCCAGUCUUCUGUGAGUGUGAACUUUCAUCAGUCGUCUGGAUCGACAGGUACGAUUACAGUCAUCAUGUUGCUCUUACUCGCUGCCAUUUUCAUCCUCCACAUCACCUGUAUCAUAAUACUGCUCGCCGCUACCUUAUAUAAUGCUUGGUGGAUGACAGACACCAUUUCCACUGAUAUUUGGUCUCGCUGGAUUCUGAGUGGUGGACAUUGGAACUACACUCACAUUCCUGAGCACUAUCCUCAAGAGUAUCUACAGGCGGUUCAGGCGAGCUCAGUUCUCGCGUGCAUCUUCUGCAUCCUCGGCCUGUUUGUGUUUGUGGCGCAGCUGUACACACUACCUAAAGGAAAACGCUUCAUAUUCUCUGGAAUCUUCCAGCUGCUCGCAUGCUUGUGUAUGAUCAUCGCAGCGUCCAUCUACACCGACAUCUUUCAUAAAGACGAGCGUAACGGCUGGUACGGACCGUCCUUCAUCCUCGCCUGGAUCUCCGUCUGUCUCACCUUCAUCUUGUGUGUCACACACUUCAUUCUGCGCAAGAAAACAGCAGCGUGAACACAUUCUGUCAUUAAGACAUGUUUAAACGUGAUGUGAUUUGUGUGCAUUUAAUAUAUGGAUGUUUUCUUUGACACUCGACUGUUGUAAAGCAUUUGUAGAUGUUUUACAGAUGAUAUUGAAUUGAUCUGAAUCUACAUUGGUCUGUUAUAAAAGAGUUGUGUGAGUACUUCACACACAUUAACACACUUGAUUGUUUAAUUAAAAAAUGAAACUUCA